GGGGUUGUUGCACCAUGUAUUGCUGGGCCUGUAGCUUUGGUGGAAAACAUGUCUGACAAGCCAGUGUGUGUUGCUGACUUUGAGCUGCACGCGAAGCGUGUUCUCCCCAAGGCUGUGUUUGAUUACUAUGUCUCCGGGGCAGAUGAGCAAGAAACACUGAACGACAAUGUAGCCGCGUUCUCCAGGUGGCGGUUCUUUCCCAGGGUGCUGCGGGACGUGUCCAGGGUGGACUUGUCGGCGACGGUGCUGGGUCAGCGCCUCAGCAUGCCCGUGUGUGUGGCCGCCACCGCCAUGCAGAGGAUGGCCCACCCCGACGGAGAGACGGCGACGGUCAGAGCAUGCCACACGGCUGGCACGGCCAUGAUGCUGAGCUCCUGGGCCACCUCCACCAUCGAGGAGGUAGCGGAGGCCUCUCCAGACAGCGUGCGAUGGCUGCAGCUGUACAUUUACAAGGACAGGGCGCUGACUCAGUCGCUGGUCCGGAGGGCCGAGAGGGCCGGGUAUAAGGGCAUCUUUGUCACCGUGGACACACCUUACCUUGGCAAGCGGCGCAAUGACGUGCGCAACCGAUUUAUGCUGCCCUCUCAUUUGAGGAUGGCCAAUUUUGACUCCCCAGAUUUAGCCUUCUCGUCCAAGAAUGGCUACGGCGAGGAUAGCGGCCUAGCAGUGUAUGUCGCCCAGGCCAUCGAUCCCACCCUGCAAUGGGAGGACGUGGCUUGGCUCAAGAGUCUGACCCGCCUGCCCGUAGUGGUCAAGGGGGUUUUGAGAGCCGAAGAUGCAGCUGAGGCCAUAAAGUACGGAGUCGAUGGUAUACUCGUGUCCAAUCAUGGAGCCCGGCAGCUGGACUGUGUAUCUGCCACACUGGACGUGCUGUCGGAGAUCGUGGAGGCUGUAGGCGGUCGAGCGGAGGUUUACCUGGACGGGGGAGUGAGGCGAGGCACGGACGUCCUCAAAGCCCUCGCGCUGGGGGCCAAAGCUGUGUUUCUGGGCCGCCCCAUUCUCUGGGGCCUAGCCUAUGAGGGGGAGCGGGGUGUUGGCGAUGUGCUCGAGCUUCUCCGUGAGGAGUUCCGUCUGGCGUUGGCACUAGCAGGAUGCCGUUCCCUAAAGGAAAUUGAUAGAUCUCUAGUAAGAAGAUCUGAGUUCACUUCAAAAAUAUAAUGUCUGCUAUUACAAAUAUGACAUUUGGAAAAGAUUACUUGCUGUUUUACUGUUUUGCAGCCAAACAUACAUUUUAUAAGCAAAUCAGUCUGAAAUGCAAGUUAAAUGCAAUGCAAAUAGUUGUAAUAAACUCACAGAAUAAAACACAAACUGAUAA